AUGAAGACAGAACGUGAAUUUAAUACGAAUAUGAUGCGUUCAGAAACACGUAUACGUAGUAGUGUACGUAGUUUACCUAAAGGACAUUUUCAACAGAUAAGACAAAUGUUUGAUAAACAAUCAUGUUCAACAAAAAAAUUAUCAACUAUUUAUGAACAACAACAGCAACAACAACAAAAACGUGUACCAUCACAUGUUUUAUUACGAUUACCUGUUACAGAUGAUGAAAAAUUAAAACAUGCAGCAGCAACAGUAACAACAAAAAAUGAUGAUAAAUCACUUGAAGAACGUUAUCGAGAUUAUCUUGCUGAAUAUCAAGCAUUUCGUUUAAAACUUACAAAUGAAUUUAUAGAACAUAAAGCAAUGUAUCCUACUAAACAAGAUAAUCAAUUAUUAAUACAAUCUCGAUCUUGUCCUCAAGAGAAUAAUUUAAAUAAAGAAAUACAUUCGUAUACUUCAUCAUUACCUCAACAAAUAUCUUUAUGUGAAAUGAAUGAAACAAUAUUAACACAAUCCGAGUUAACUAAACCUCAGGAAUCAUCUAUAUCAAAAGCUAUUAAUUAUAAUGAUAGUUACGAUUCAUUACCAUCAAAUCAUUUGAAUCGAACGGGUAGUAGUCGAAAUUAUGUAUCGAGUUUACAACGUAUCGUAGCUAUACAUGCUAAACCUAUUCUUGUAACAACACCAACAGCAUAUAAUCCAUUGAAAAUUAAUACUCCAACGAUAUCUGAUGAAGCAUAUGAUACAGCAGAAGCAUCAAGACGUCUUCGUUCGUCAGCAUCAUUAUCAUCAACUGGUUAUGAUUCAAAUUCUUCGCCUUCAAUUAAAUCGAAACGUAAUUCUGUAGCAACAAAUAAUAGUAAUGAUUUUCUAGUACAUUCAACAUAUUCAUCUUCUUCAUCAUCAUCACCAUCAAGUGAUGAACAUCAGCAACAAUUAUCAAAACCAUGGUUGCAGUAUACAUCAAAUCCUACUUCGACUCAUCAUGAAGAUGUUUUUGAAAAUUCAAAUGAACCAUCACCAUUAAUAAGUCGAACACAAAUUAAAUUAAAUCAACCAACAUUUGAAAAUCGUUCUCUAGCAACUAUUCGUCAUGCAACUGUUCGUAAUGCAACUUUUACUGCUGAUUCAUCAUCACUAUCAUCAUCUCGAUCAUCAAUUAUUCAUGAACCUAUUAUAGGAAAUAAAAAUACACAUAAUUCAUCGUAUAGUGUUCAAACAACAUCAUUUCCAGAUAGUACUACAGAUGGAACAAUUGAUAAAAAAAUUCGUCGAUGGAAUAAUUUUUAUGCUGAACGUCGAGAAUCAGCUGAUUUAAAAAAUAAAAAAUGUCCACUUCUAUCUACUACUUCAAUUGGUUUUCAAGUUAACGGUAGUCAUAAUGAGCAACAUUCAUCGAUAUUUAAUCCAAUUCUUGAACAAAAACAAGAAGAAAGUCCAAUAGCCGUAGUAAAAACGGUCGUAAUCGAUCAAUUACCACCGAGAAAACCACCAAGAACAUAUGAAAAUGAAAAUAAACAUAAAAGAAAAACAAAUGAUCAAAAAGUACCAUCAUCAAAUAGUAACUCACCUUCAUUCGAUCUCGGUGCUCGUUCAGUAAGUUGUAUGGAUUUAACAGCUGGCGUAUCAACUGUUCUAUUACCUCCUAAUGUUAUGCCGGUAAAACGAGAAAAUCAACAUAUGUCUCGUCGACCAAGUGUUUCAUCAGAAAAAACAACUAAAAAAUCCAGUAAAACCGAAACUAUCUUUGAAGAAACACCAAUCAAAUCAAAUACUCCUCAAACAAAUCAAGUUAAUACAAAUGAUAUAGUUCUUCGUACACCAACAACUAAAAGUAAACUCAGUCAAUUAUCAACAAAAUCUAUUAUGAAGAAAGGUGUUAGUGAACCAAAUCUUACAAAAACAUCUCGAAGUAAAUCACCAUUUUCUCCUCGUGUUCUAUUUGAUCGUUUUAAACGUAUAUUACCAUCAACAACAUCAAAACAAUCAUUAAUUGAUAAACAAAUAAAUUCAAAUGAUAAUAUACGAACAAAUGAUAGUGAUGAUUCAGCUAGUACAUCAUCAGAAAAUAAUGAUCAUAUUCGUACAUCAAAACUUGAUCAUGUUAGUCGAGUUAAAAAUGUUUACGAUUCAUUAUGUAAUACAAGUCAUAUGUCAAGUUUAUUAACCGAUCCAAAUCUUGAUCUAUCAACAAAUGAAUUACCAACAUUAUAUGAUUAUGUUGUUCAUCUUUUACCUGAACAAGAAUUUGGUUAUUUUUCAAAUGGUAAUGGUAGUUUUUUAUCAUCAAAUUUUAAUUCUCAACAAUCAUCAAUACCAACAUCAACAUCAAUACGUUUUAAAUAUCCAACAGAUGCAAAUGAUGAAAUAACAUUAAAAUAUUUUUGUUUUCCAGAUCAACAUGAUUCAAAUAAUAAUCCAGUGUUAUUAACAAAAAAACCUACACAAGAAUAUUUUCGUUUUAUAUUAACAAAUAUGCAUGGUGUAAGACAAUAUGGUUAUUGUUCAAGAUUUUUUCAUAAAGGUGUAUUGAAUGCAUUAUGUAUUGUAUCACCAUAUGAUAUGAUUGAAAUCUAUGAAAAAA